UUUUUUUUUUUUUUUUUGCCUUCAAAAAUUUUUUGCUCUGUUCAUAUUUGCUUAAUCCCACAGCUCUUUAGUUUAGGUAAUGUCUUCUUCCAGUAACUCAUACAAAAGUAGAAGGAGAUUCGUAGAAGGGGGUGAAUGGAUUCCACCCGAAUGUAAGUGUAGAAUGAAAUGUGUUGAACGUACAUCGUGGACUGAAGGAAAUCAUGGUAGAAGAUUUUUUGGGUGUCCUAGAUACAAGAAUAAUGAUGAAGUUGGGUGUCGUUUUUUAAAAUGGAUAGACCCUCCACCACCAAAAAGUGAAUUUGAUUUGGUUAGAAGGAUGGAGGAGCUUGAAGAGAAAGUGAAGAUUUUAUCUAAAAUUAUUCAGAGAAGGAAUGAUGAAGUUGACAGCUUGAUGAAGUUUAGGAAAGUGUUCAAUGUGGUGGCUCUAUUUGUUUUGGUUUUAAUGGUGGCAGUAUUAUUGUUCUAUUAUGUGUAAGUUUAGUUGUAUAUGUUUGGAGCCACAUUUGGUUUUUUGAGCUUCAUUUUGUGUGUAAAUUUAAUAUUGAAUAUGAAUGAAAAUGUUGUUAUGAAUUUGGGAAUGUAAAAACUCAGUGAUAGACACAUUUGAUUCAUGAUUUUGGGUA